AUGGACAUAAUGAACCACAAAGAAAGUCCUGGGUACUUGGAACCCCAGAGCUCACCCCAAGAUAAUCCUGGACCAUCGGGUGAUUUUAACUAUAGUAAUAAUAUCUUGCAGAAGCCUGAAAGGCCUGAUAACUUGGAAUGCCUAAGCUCACCCCAAGAUAAUCCUGGACCAUCAGGUUAUCUUCACUGUAGUAAUAUCUUGCAAAGGCCUGAUGCUGCAGAUGCUGUUUUGCAGACAGAUUACACAUUUGAAGAAGAUUGUGAUGAUUCAAUUGUGGAUCCCAACUAUGUGGCAGAAUCUGAUCAAAAGCUUUCAAUUCAAGCGAGAAUUCAACAAACCCCUGCUGAAACAACUACCAGAAGAAAGCGGAAAAUGCAACCAAAAGAAAAACAAUGUAGGAAACGAGUACGAAACGAAAGUGAAUGGAUUGACGUUAAAGCUAAAAAGGAAUUAAAUUCAGGACGAGAACACAGAAAUAGAAAAGAGAAAUUAAUACCUGCACGGAAGAAUCCUUGCCCAGAGAGUUGUAGAUCUAAAUGCACUACAAGGGUAACUGAAGAAAAGAGAAUGGAAAUAUUUGAUUUAUUUUGGAAAAUAGCUAAUCACACCAAACAAUGGGAAUACAUAGCAAAAUUGGUGACUUUGGAAGAUAAAAAAGUGAGUAAAAGGGGUAUAUCAAGAAGAAAUUUUAGCAGAAAAUAUAACUUUUUUAUUGCGGGAAAAAAGGUGCAGAAAUGUAAAAAAAUGUUUUUAAAUACGCACGGAAUUUCGGAACAGUGGGUAACAACAGCACUAAGUACAAUAGAAGAGACUAGUAUGGUAAAAGAAGACACUAGGGGAAAGCAUGAAAACAGACCACAAAAGUUAAACGAAAACUUACGGGAUAGUGUAAGAGACCACGUAAACAUGUUCCCAGUGGUACCAUCACACUAUAUACGAAAAAAUUCAAAUAAAAUGUAUUUGGAAGACGGACUUAAUAUUUGCAAAAUGCAUAGAAUGUAUUUAACUUAUAUGCAAGAAGAACAUUCCGGGCAACAAGUGGCAACUAUGCGACUAUACCGAGAAAUAUUUAACACCGAACUCAACAUUGGAUUUUUCAAGCCCAAGAAAGAUCAAUGUGAUCGCUGUGUGGUGUAUGCCAUGGCUAGUGAUAACGAGAAGAAGGAGUUGGAAAGUGAAUAUCAACAACAUAUUCAAAAUAAGGAAGAAGUCCGAAAUCUAAAAGAUAAUGACAAACUACAAGCCGUAGAGGAUAAAACCAUUUGUGUUGCUUGCUUUGAUUUACAAAAAGUUCUCAUCACCCCUGCAUGUGAAAUAAGUAGUUUUUACUACAAAAGCAAAUUAGCCACGUACAAUUUUACCAUCUAUGAUCUGGGAAAUAACAAAGGUCAUUGUUAUGUUUGGAACGAAUCCAUAGCAAGAAGAGGACCGAAUGAAAUAUCAAGUUGUUUGCUUAAUUUUAUAAAAAAGCAAACUGGAAAUGGGGUAAAAAAAUUGUAUUUUAUUCGGACAACUGUGGAGGUACAAAUUUUGCAUCGUUUUCUAGAAAGGGGCCACACUCAAAAUGAAGGCGACAGCAUGCAUGCUACCAUAGAAAGUGCCAAAAAACGCUAA